ACUGAAAGUAAAACUAUCUUUAGAGGCAGGAAAACUAUCGAUAACCUAGUGGCACGACCAUUAACUCCCCGAACAUCGUGGAGAACAAACCAUUAAUUUAGUCAUUGUAAUGAAAAACUAUGCAUAUUGUUAACGUAAGUUACGCUGUUAUGUGACUAGAAAUGAAGUAGCUGCUACACUAUUCAUAUGGCUCUAUCAGUAUAGCUAAGUCGCAAAUGCAGUUAGCGAUAGCAUUACUAGCUAAUAGACAUGAACGCCAAUAGAAAGCUAACUGAAGAGUUUGUUGGCUAGCAUGCGAUAGAAGUAACGUUACCAAAGACUUUCAGUGUAAGUUACUGACAAUAUUUUAAUUUAACUUUUGUUAUUGUUGGUCUUGUUGGAUAUGCCCUUCUGUUUAAUACUACGGUAGGCCGUAUAUUUGGGCAAAUCAUUGAAAUAGCUAUUAGCUAACGUGACAACAAAUCACCAGUAUAACGUUUCAACUAGCUAUCAGUAACUGCCAUUACUGUAACAGUAGUAAACGACAGGUCGCAUGCUUUCUAAAGUGAUCUAGAGCUAAGGCAUUGUGCCGCGUUAUGGUCCAAUGCUCCACACAAUUCAUCUAAGACUUACUUAACGUUAAUAAGGAUUGGUAACACUACCUGGCUGAAAGACGCAGCCAACAUCAACAAGGAUAUAAGACACGUUUCCUGGCUGAAAUACACCGUUACCUUUGACAACCCUGAACGUUGCACCGUCGAAAAUCAGUAUUUAGGAACUAGUUGUAGGUGAUUUCCCCACAUGUCUUUGUGUGCGUAUUUAGAUCUUACCCGUAAACGAAACUAAUUAAGUUUGACAAGGGUUUACAGUUUCCAUUGUGCUCUUGACUUUUGCCUAUUGUUUGUUUAAUUUUUAAUGAGUUCUUACUCAACAUGCAGAAUCAAUAUACCAGCUAGUCAGUGCCUUCAGUUGCGAAAAAGAAUCCUUCUCUCUCUGAAGUAGACUGUUAUAACGUCUUUUAUAUAGCUUACUGCCCUUAAGCAAUGGAAGGAAAGACGGACCCUGAGAGCCAUUGUACAGAUUUAAACUUGGUGGGGACAAACGAUCAUCUCCUUAAACCAUUUCAAGCUGAUGGAAAAGAUUCUGCAUCUACUAAAACCUGCAAUCACAAUAAGAAGUCUACAGAUAAAAGUGAUGAGAAUGUCAUUGAUAACUCUCCAUUAGUAGCUUCUGACAUGGACUCUGAACGUGACAGUGGGUCAGCUGAGCCUGCAAUUGUUGACCAGCCUGUCAAUCAAGUGGAUUCUCCCAGUGGACAGAAGCCUUCCAAACCAUGCUUAUCAGACUGUAGAUCUUCCGGCAUUCCCACCGGGGAUAGCCCCAGUCUAUGUCUAAGUUUAAAUGAAACACCAUGCAUUUCUCAGGAUGUGGAAAUGUUAAGCCCAGAGAGCUCCAUGUGCAAAGACUCUCUGGAGGGGACUUGUGCUCAAGUAGAAACAUGUAGUGCUUCCUGUCUAACAACAGGGCUAAAGACUUCAGACAGGUCAGACACAAGUGCCAAAGAGCAAAUAGGUGAGCAAUGUAAUGUUGUCACUGUGGGAAGUGAUGCACACAAGACUAAUUGCAAAAGUGAGCUGACAGAAGAAAGAAGAGACAAACUGUGGAGGGGAACAUCCGUUGAUGAGCUUAGGAGGAUGCCAUUGUGUGGUCAUCCAUUGCCCCAUUUGAAGGCUGCACCCAGUCAUUCUGUAAUGAUCAGAACAGAUCUGCUUAGAGAAGGUGAUGUCCCUGUCCCAUACCCGAGCAAGUUCAGAGAUGCUUGGGAUGACGUUUCUGUGAAGCUGCCCUGUUCGGAGAAGAACCUCUUCCCAGUUGAGACAGAAGGUGGAAACACUGUCCAAAGUAGAUGGGACUUGAUCUGUGCAGCUUUGGAAAGUGAAUGCAAGAGUUCUCUGGACAUUAGGGAUGCAAUUCUGAGAUACAGUGCUGCUCAUGCCAAGCGAUGGGACUUCACUGCCCUAAAUGUACUUUGUACUGAUGCUCUGGAGCACAAUGAGGUCCAACGGCUGUUUGAGGUCCUUCUCCCCAGCAUGGUUCAGCUCGCACUCAGUGCCCCUCACCUCUGCACACAGCCAAUCCCCUUGCUGAAGCAGAGGAUGAAUCACUCCAUCACGUUGUCCCAAGAGCAGAUCGCCUGCCUGCUGGCCAAUGCCUUCUUCUGUACCUUUCCUCGACGCAACGCCAGAAAGCCAGAGUAUGCCAACUACCCAGAGAUCAAUUUCUACAGGUUGUUUGAGGGCUCUUCUCCACGAAAGAUUGAAAAACUGAAAACGUUGCUGUGUUAUUUCCUGAGAGUCACCGAAUCCAGACCUACGGGCCUUGUGACGUUCACCAGACAAAGCCUUACCAAUUUUCCUAAAUGGGAAAGCUCCCGCACUCUACUUUCACGAUUGCACAUUACCUGUGAGGGCACUAUUGAAGAUCAUGGAUAUGGCAUGCUUCAGGUGGACUUUGCCAACCGACUUGUUGGAGGAGGGGUGACUGGGCAGGGCCUGGUGCAGGAGGAGAUCCGCUUCCUCAUCAACCCUGAGCUGAUUGUAUCACGACUCUUCACUGAAGCCCUGGACCACAAUGAGUGCCUUAUUAUCACAGGAACAGAGCAGUAUAGCAAGUACUCUGGCUAUUCUGAGAGCUACAAAUGGAAAGAGAGUCACACUGAUAAAACACCAAGAGAUGAUUGGCAGAGGAGAUGCACAGAGAUAGUUGCUCUAGACGCAUUGAAGUACAGACACUUUCUAGAGCAAUUUCAGCCUGACAAGAUGAUUAGAGAGCUAAACAAGGCAUAUUGUGGAUUUUUCCGACCAGGAGUGAGCAGCCAGUACCUCUCUGCUGUUGCCACAGGGAACUGGGGAUGUGGAGCAUUCGGAGGAGAUACACGACUCAAAGCCUUGCUGCAAAUGAUGGCCGCUGCAGAGAGUGGACGGGACAUGGCUUACUUUACAUUUGGAGAUGCUGAACUGAUGAGGGACGUGAGCGACCUACAUACAUUCCUUACAGACAAAGCAGUGACUGUUGGUAAACUCUUUGGAGAACUGAAGCAGUACUUUAACAUUGUGUGUAAGAACUGCUCUGGGCCGCAGCCAGAUGUGAGUUUGUAUGGAUUUCUUUAUGAGAGACUCAUCUCGGAUCCUGAACCCACUGAUAUUGAGAAUACAGCUGCAACACCUAGCCCACCUACAGACUGACUUCAAUACAGGGAUCUACUAACGCUUUUUGGUGAAAUGCCUGAACACUUUUAAAAUUGUUUCAAUGUCAUUCUGAGAUCUAGUAUACAGAAGCUCAGUAUGCCUUGUCUUCUUUUACUUACAAAUAUAGCACUCUGAAUGAGUCACCAAAUGUCCUACAGAAUUGACAAAAAUAGCAAUAGUUAAUCUUGGUUGCUGUAAUGUAAAUUUUUCUGGGCACAUUCUGAAUUUUUUUUUUGGUUUGCAGAUAGCACUGCGUAAUCAAUAGUGGCCAAAUGUAUUGCAUGAUCUUGUGAAAAUUGUCAGUGGAAUGAGACAGUAGGGCACUUCUAUUGGUGUUUAGAUUCUUUUAACUGAUGGAAAUGAGUCAAUCUUGCAAUACAGACAUGAAGACAGUAUGUUGUAUUCUGAGGUGUUGUAUGUUGUAUUCAGUAAUAUGCAUGAAAACAACACCCUAGACACAGACUGCAGUGGAACACGGUUCCAUGUGAUUGAGAUCCCCAGCAUAAAUAAAGCUUACAUCCUUUUCCCACAUCUAGUGUAUGUGUGGUAUUACUGCAGUUAACACAAUCAUCAAAAUAACUUUCCCACUACUAUAGGUUUGUCGUGCGAAUGGUUCUAUUGAGGCAAUGCUGGUUUGAUAACUUUUCAUAUAUUCCUUGCAUGACGUUUUAACAUCAUGAUUUGGGGGCGGGAUUCUAUUCUUAAUUUGUGUUUUUAAUUUUGUUUUUAUGAAAUGGAGUAUUUAACAUUUGGGAUUUAAUAGGGUAGUAAAUAUUUUCUGUAUUAUGCAUUGUACAAUUAUUUGUUAAUUAAACUAUUAUUAUUAAACAGUGGAAGCUGCUCAACCUCCAA